UUCCGUCCUGUGUUGCUUGACCGCCAGUGACGGUUGACGGGAGUCCAUCAUCUCAGUGGCCGUUGAUGGACCAUCCCUAUGAAGAAACAGGGUUACAAUGGGACAGAGUACCUUGGAACAAGAGGUCCAGGGAGACAACCCUGAGGACGGGUUUAAUAAUCUCAAGACAUUUGUGGAGGAGGAACUACAGACGAGCAUGAUGGUGGGGAUGGUGAUUGGUGCGGGCAUCGCCAUAGUCCUCAUCGCCAUCCUCAUCUUCUUCAUCUUGCGGAGGAUCCAGCUUCGAAACUUAGAAGCUCAGGAGGCACCCAAGUACCGCUUUCGCAAGAGGGACAAAGUCAUGUUCUACGGGCGAAAGAUCAUGCGUAAAGUCUCGCAGUCUACCUCUUCCCUGGUGGGUACAUCCUCGUCCUCUCGGCCACGCCUAAAGAAGAAGCAGAAGAUGCUCAACAUUGCCAAAAAGAUCCUGCGCUUUAAGAAGGAAGUGCCCACCCUGCAGGCCAAGGAGCCCCCUCCCUCAGUGCUAGAGGCUGACCUCACUGAAUUUGAUGUGGCCAACUCCCACCUCCCUUCUGAGGUGCUCUACAUGCUCAAAAACGUCCGUGUGCUGGGUCACUUUGAGAAGCCCCUCUUCCUGGAGCUAUGCAAGCACAUGGUGUUUGUGCAGUUCCAACAAGGGGAGUAUGUCUUCAGGCCAGGCCAGCCUGACAGCAGCAUCUACGUGGUUCAGGAUGGAAAACUAGAAUUGUGCCUUACUGGAGCGGAUGGCAAAGAAAGUGUGGUGAAGGAGGUUUACCCAGGAGACAGUGUCCACAGCCUCCUCAGCAUCCUGGAUGUCAUCACAGGCCACCAAAAGCCUUACAGAACGGUGUCGGCGCGGGCUGCAGAGGUUUCCACUGUUCUCCGUUUGCCUGUGGAAGCCUUCCUCUCUAUAUUUGAGAAGUACCCUGAGAGUCUGGUGCGGGUAGUACAGAUUAUCAUGGUUCGUCUCCAAAGAGUAACAGUCUUAGCCCUGCACAACUAUCUGGGACUCACCAAUGAGCUCUUCAGCCAUGAAAUGCAGCCCUCACGUCUCCCACCUCCGUCUCCUCACCCAACUCGCACCAGUCCCAUCCGCCAUGGCAAGCGCUUCGGCAGCCUGACGGUGCCUGAGGAGCACCGGGAGGCUGCCAUUAAGGGCGAAGCUGCAGGAGGGGAACAAGGGAAGGAUGGUGCAACAGUGCCAACACUUAGCAGGACCAUCUCCAUGCCUGUGGACAUUGCUGGUAUACAGAAAAGUCUGAGAUCAGACUUUGACAUGGCGUACGAAAGGGGACGGAUCUCUGUCUCCGCUGAAGAUGGCAACACUCCUCCUACUUUUACUCGGUCUGUAUCCCAGGACCAGCGGGAGAGGAGGGUGACAGUAGAUGAGGUUCCCUCAGGGAUCUAUCUGUAUCCAGAGGAAGAGUCAGGAGUGGACAAUAUUUUCACACCUGUUUCCAGUCGAUCCAGCACUGCUCUGUUUGAGGAGGCUCAGAAAGAGGUCCUCAAACUCAUGAGGAUUGAGGACCCAUCCUUGUUAAAUGGGAGGGUGACUCUGCACCAUGCAAAAGCUGGAGCCGUCUUAGCAAGACAGGGAGAUCAGGAUGUGAGUCUGCACUUUGUCCUGUCUGGUUGCCUGCAUGUCUACCAGCGGAUGAUUAGCAAGCAGGAGGCUGUCUGCUUGUUUGUGACCCACACGGGGGAGAUGGUGGGUCAGCUCGCUGUCCUCACUGGAGAGCCCCUCAUCUUCACCAUCAAGGCUAUCCGAGACUGCACUUACCUCAAGAUCUCAAAGUCGGAUUUCUAUGAGAUCAUGAGGGAGCAGCCCAGUGUGGUGCUCAGUGUGGCUCACACUGUGGCCAUCCGCAUGUCCCCUUUUGUCCGGCAGAUGGACUUUGCCAUUGACUGGAUGGCUGUGGAGGCUGGUAGAGCCCUGUACAGACAGGACGACCAGUCAGACUGCACGUACAUUGUUCUGAAUGGACGUCUGCGUUCAGUCAUACGCAAGGCCAAUGGCAAGAAAGAACUAGUUGGGGAAUAUGGCAGAGGAGACCUCAUCGGAGUGGUGGAGGCCUUAACCAGACAGCCAAGAGCCACCACCGUCCACGCUGUGAGAGACACAGAGCUGGUCAAACUGCCCGAGGGAACACUCAACAACAUUAAAAGACGAUAUCCCCAGGUGGUGACGAGAUUGAUCCACUUGUUAGGCCAGAAGAUUCUUGGAAACCUGCAGCAGGGUCGCGGGCCUUUCUCAGGUUCAGCCCUGAGUCUGCCCAGUAUGACAACCAGUGCCGAUGUCACCAACCCAGCCAGCAACCUCUCCACUGUGGCUGUCCUGCCUGUGUGUGAUGAGGUGCCGAUCAAUGCAUUCAACCUGGAGCUCAGCCAUGCCCUCAGUGCCAUCGGGCCCACUCUGCUAUUAACCAGUGACAUAAUCAGAGAGCGACUGGGUGCUUCUGCCUUGGACAGUAUCCAUGAGUACCGUCUGUCUGGCUGGCUGGCCCAGCAGGAGGACAUCAAUCGGAUUGUCCUGUAUCAGACUGACAACAGCAUGACGCCGUGGACUCAGCGCUGCAUCCGUCAGGCUGACUGCAUCCUCAUCGUUGGCCUGGGGGACCAGGAGCCUACCUUGGGAGAGUUGGAGCAGAUGCUGGAGAACACAGCAGUUCGGGCACUGAAGCAGCUUGUCCUCCUGCACAAAGAAGAUGGUCCAGGUCCCUCCAGGACUGUCGAGUGGCUCAACAUGCGUAGCUGGUGCUCUGGGCAUCUGCACCUCAAGUGUCCCCGCAGGGUCUUCUCCAGACGCAGCCCCAGCAAACUACGGGAGGUUUAUGAGAAGGUGUUUGAGAAAACUGCAGACAGGCACAGUGAUUUCUCUCGGCUGGCCCGAGUCCUGACUGGAAACAGCAUCGCCCUGGUGCUGGGAGGAGGAGGAGCCAGAGGCUGCUCUCAUGUGGGUGUGAUCAAAGCUAUGGAGGAAGCGGGGAUUCCUAUUGACAUAGUGGGUGGGACCUCGAUCGGCUCAUUCAUUGGUGCGCUGUAUGCAGAGGAGAGGAGUGCUGUCAGAACCAAACAGAGAGCCAGAGAGUGGUCCAAGGCAAUGAACUCAGUAUUUAAAACAGUCCUGGACCUGACCUAUCCCAUCACCUCCAUGUUCUCUGGUUCUGCCUUUAACACCAGCAUCUAUAAAGUGUUCCAGGACAAGCAAGCUGAGGACCUGUGGCUGCCAUACUUCAACGUCACCACUGACAUCACAGCCUCAUCCAUGCGGGUUCACCAGGAUGGCUCUCUGUGGCGUUAUGUGCGAGCGAGCAUGACCCUCUCGGGGUAUCUGCCGCCUCUCUGCGACCCCAAAGAUGGCAACUUGCUAAUGGACGGUGGCUACAUCAACAACCUGCCAGCGGACAUUGCAAGGAACAUGGGCGCCAGGACGGUCAUUGCCAUCGACGUGGGUAGCCAAGAUGAGACAGACCUCUGUAACUAUGGCGACUGCCUGUCUGGCUGGUGGUUGCUGUGGAAACGGAUCAAUCCCUGGGCAGAGAAAGUAAAGGUGCCAGACAUGGCAGAGAUCCAGUCUCGGCUGGCCUACGUGUCUUGUGUGCGGCAGUUAGAGGUCGUGAAGAAGAGCGCCUACUGCGAGUACAUCAGACCUCCCAUCGACCGCUUCAAGACCAUGGACUUCGGCAAGUUCGAUGAGAUCUAUGAUGUGGGCUUUCAGCACGGCAAGUUGGUGUUUACUGGCUGGGCUCGAGGCGACAUUAUCGAAAACAUGCUGAAAGACCACCACUCAGCCGACUACAACGACAACAAGAGAACUGACUCUUGCACGUGUCCAGGAGCUGACUUCACUGACCUUGCUGAGAUUGUAUCCAGGAUAGAGCCGGUCCAAAGCUACGUAGCUGCAGAAGCAGAGGAGUCGGACUGUCUGACAGAGUACGAGGAAGACGGGAUGGACACGGUGAGAGAGGAGGAGGGGGAGGAGGAGGAGGAGGAGGUAGAGGACCCUGAGGACCACUCCCCUGGAGAGUGGGGCCAGAAUGGAGUCUUUCAGACUGAUGAGGAGAAAUCUGUGAGACAACGCAGGAAACUCGCCAGUGACUCCAACACCUCCGAAGUCUCUGACUGCUGACAGAGGGCCACGGAGGAGUGAAGGGAGUUUUAACAGGAACAAGGGCCAAAUUAUGGGUCCAUAAACUGUCUAAGCUAAAGACUGGGAUGCCACACCGAGCUCCUGCAACUUCUGAAACUCGUCAGAAGUUUGUUUUUGCUUUUCUGGAUGAAAUCACUGUUCAUUCUCUAAAUUAUUGAACCUUCUUUGCAUCAAGUGGCUUUUUCCUCGCUCUCACACUGGCUGCAUCUGUUCACAUUCUGACCCCACCAUCAAAAAUGAACAUGUGCUUUCUCAAAUAAGAAAAGGUCUUUCAAGGUCUGUCCCGCCCAGCUGUUUCUCUCGUCGUUUCACACCAACCUGACCCAGUGCCAGAAUCCCUGCCUGCCAACUCCCAGUGCUGCCAAAACUGGGUCUCCCCAAGUAAGCAACACAACAAAACAGGGACACUUUAAACUUCCAAUUCACUCUCAGUUUCAAGUGGCCAAAAGGACCCCCCCGACAUGUCCCAUCUGGUCUCUGAGGGUACAGUGACAGUGCCGCGAAUGCAGGUACAUGACGGUCGCCUGCUGAUGCGAAAUGUGUCAAAGUUCACCAAAGUUGAACUCCAUGCGAAGAGAAGAUGCAAAUUUGCUCACAUGCUUCACGCAUAUGUGACUGUACCCUAAAUCUUUGUAUGUCUCUAAUGUCAGUACAUCUUCAUUGCACUCCAUCAUUGACGGUUUGAGACAUUUCAUGGUCUAUUGGUUUCUUUCGUUUGCUUGUUCGGUUGAGUGUGUAUGAUGAUUGGUCCAGAUGUUCAAAGUUGCGAUUUGUUGAAAUAGACAAGACAAGAAAGUAAAAAAAAUAUAUACAGUAGAGCUGUAGCUAGUAGCAGUUAUGUAAGUUAAGCCUAUAGUGUGUCAGGUGUAAAGAGAAAGACUUGUUCAAAUGUAGACUUUAUGUUGAGUGAGCUGAGCAGGACCAGUGUUAGGAAGCAGACUCAUAGACUAGGAGGCUUUUAAAGAGAGAGACAUUUUGAAAUUUAAGUAAUCAGAUAAACGUGUGUAGACAAGAAAAGAGAUGGACCAGUGAGUAAAGUGUUAUUUUAAUUUAAUUUAAUUUAUUUAAAUUUCACCCACGGUAGAGUAGAGUGAGCUUGAAGCGCCGUAGAUAGACUGAACUGAACAGAGGAUGGGUGGAAAAUGUGUAAUGAAAACUUUGGAUGACUGAGAUUCUUUCAGUGACUGGCUAACAUUGUGUCUGUGUGCUUGAAAUUGUUGUGUUUCAGCUGUUUUGUUUGAGAUAAAGACGAUGCCUUUUCAACCAGUGUUCGAUCCGCUCACAGUGAACAGUGACCGUGGAGGAGAGAGAGCGAUCAUUUGACUGACACUACACAAUAAACCAGUGUGAGCCCGCCUCUGCCUGCCCGAGGUCACACAGUCAGUACUCAGGGUUCCUGCUUAUGGUGGACAAUAUGGUGUGUAAAUCUUAAAAAACUAGCCAAUACAGUAGUGUCAAAGAAUAAGUCAUUUUGAGAUGGAAAAUAAGCAGAAACCCUGAGUAAUCCUUAACUUCAAAUGGGCAGAAACUCACCUCAUGUAACUAUUGACAGUUAAUUAAUAUGGACCUCUUGUAGAAAUUGUAUCAAGAUUAUAUUAUAAUAUACACAUUGUUGAUAUUCAUAUAUGUAUAUGAGGUGGAAAUUUGUAAGCUGAUGCUUUGCUGCAAGACAAGGGAACCUACACCAACGAAAAAGUUUUCCUCUCUAAAAAUCCAUUCUGUUUUAUUUAUACAUGUUAACUACUGGCUUUGUAAAGAUUUUUUUUUUUAAUUUGAGGUUGGGGGGUUGUCUUAUUUUAAUUAACUUGGCUUUAGCUGUUUUGCACUGAAAUAUUUGAAGUAUUCCUUGCUCAGAAGAUGUUUGGUUUAAUAAUAACCAUCCACCUCGAGACACCAAGAGAAUCUAAAGAAUAAAAACAGAUGAAUUUAAUAUGCAUAUUGGAAAAUAAAAA